GACGAAGAAGAAAGCCUUACAUUUUACCUUAAGGUUUAUAACAGUAAUUAUUCACAGUAGCGUUUUACUGUGCAUCAUAUUAUUUACAUCCUGCAAAGGUCUGACCUGCUAUCGAGUUAUUCUUCGCCUUGAUUGAGUUAAAGGAAAAUGCCCCUAGAACUUCUUGAAGGGAUGUCCAGCAGGAAGAGAAGACCCAACUGGACAGACCAGGAGUGUCUCCUUCUGGCCCAGUUAAUGCAGGAGAAGAAGGAUGUAAUCAGAGGGAAGUGCUGCACUGGAAUUUCAAUACAGGAUAAAAAAUUAGCCUGGGAGGAAAUAGCCCAAACCAUCAACAUUGCCUUUCCACAGAUUCAGCGUACAGUUACUGACUGUAACAAAAAGUGGGAAAAUCUGCUGGCAAAGUCAAGGGAGGAGAUCAAACGACAGAGAAGGCAUGCGGGCACAGAAGGCCUGGUCCUUGAGCAGUUCAGUACUGUGACUCAAGUUGUGAUUUCUGUGAUGAACCUGUCAGACAUGCUGCAACACGAUAGAGAAGACUCGUCAAUGUCAGAGUUCGUGGAAACUCAACAAAACAGCUGUGAUGAAGAUGGAAAUGAGCACACAAUAGAUGGAAGAUUCUCAAACAAACAUCCACUGAGAGAGCUUGAACUCCCCACAUAUUCAGAUCCAUCCACUUCUCCAACAGAACAAAAAGUGACUGUUUUUACUAACAUCCCGAAAUCACUCGCAGGGCAUUUUAAUACUCAUUGUGCUGCUGGAUUUGCUGCUUCUGCAGAACCUCUAGGUACUCCCUGCUCUAUUUCUCCACCCUCGGUGCACUGCACAACUUUGCAAGAGCGAACAGAUUUGGAAAUGUCUGUGCUGAGGAGACAAGAAGCGGUCCUCAAGCUGCAAGAGGAAUAUUACACACUAAAAAUUAAGCUGAUGAGAAGGCAAAUGGGAGAGCCACUUUGAAAAGGACUGAAGAAGCAGCAGAGAACGACCUAUUGUACCUGCAGGCUGGUACCAAUUUGCAGAAUAAAAUCAAUAUUACUCAUAACAACAAUAAAGUUCAUACAGGUGUGUUUAUGAGAGGCCCUGGUAAGCAUUGUUACUCUCGGCAGUUCGAUUCAAUUGCAAACCCACCAUUUGCUUGUGAGAAUUUCAAUAUAUUUUGGAGACAAAUUCGAUUUUAAAGGUGCUAAAUUCGAUAUCCAGAGUAUUCAUUUUGCAUCCAACAACUAUUUGCUAUGUAAAGAUAUAGAGGAGUAAUGUCUCCCUGAGCAGAGAAUGAUGUCGCUCUCCCUCUGUGUGUG